AUGGGGAUUGACAGUAACCUUGAUGCAGCUGUGAUUGUUGGUACAAAUGCAUUACGCGAAGCAAUCAAUACGAAGAAGGCAGAGACAGCUUGUGGUGGAUGUUCACUUGUCACAUGUUACGCUUUGGAUAAAUGUUCUCACAAGACUUUGGACAUCAAUGAGCGUCAUCAACUUCUUCGGCUCAAUGUUGUUGCCCUCCGUUCAACUCGGUCAUUGCCUGGUUACUUAUCUCUUUAUGUUGGUAUGCCUGUCAUCUUGCGGCAACGAAAUUUGUCAACUGAUCUGGGUAUUACCAAUGGGUCUCAAGGUUCUGUGCACGCAAUUUACACUGCAUACUGCCCCGUCGAUCUGAUGUAUGCUACCUGUGUAAUUGUUCACUUUCCUUCUUGGACAUUCACGACUUUGUUCAAGAACUCGAAUGGAAAGGAAGAAAAGCUGCAAGUGACACACCAUCAACUGCCUAUUCAACCUGCAUUCGCUGUAACCGGGCAUUCAGCACAGGGCAAAACUCUUCCUAAAGUCCUGGUAAAUUUACAUGAGGGCGGAUUUGCCGCAUACGUGGCCGCAUCGCGUGCACAGACUCGUGAGGGGUUGUGUAUA